UCUCACUUUCCUCUCAAUCCUCUGUGAAGCUCAUGCGAGAGGUAGCAGAGCUCUGAUUUACGCGCCUGCCUCAGCACGGGUUUCAAAAUGAAACUGCUAAACUGAGCAAGUAAAUGGUGUACAGAACAAAAGAACAAAUAAGAAAAAGAACAGCUUGUGGAUAAAAAGAAACAAAGACAAGGUAGUCUAUUGUAUUGCACGUCCUGAAAAUAAACAGCUAUUUUUUAAUUGUUUAUAUAAAGAAGAAAUGCAUUUGCUUGAAUAAAUGAAGAACCUGGUGGAAGCGCACGAGAAGUGUUGAGGUAGAAGGAAUAUAAAGAAAAAUCCGUGCAUUGAAUACAGAUCACCUGGAAUACUAAUCUACCGUUACUUGAAAACAUAACUUCAUUAAACAGAAUCAAGGAUGUAUUAUAGUGAAAUAUUCUACUGUCAUUGAUUCUGUAUCCUAGAACAAUUUCUGGGUGCAACCUGCUUUGGAUUGGAAAGAUUAAAAAAAAAAAAAAAAAAGGAACUGGGAGAAUCGCUCUGCAUUAGAACAUAAGAAAUGAGCAUGUGGAUUCUGGAGGAAACCUGUCUGGCCUACUUGCAUAUGCUCAGUUGGACUACACUUUCGUUUGACUUUCCAAUGUAUGACAAAAAGAUUCAGUUCUUCUUCUGAUGCCCUUCCAGGUCCAAUGAAAAUGUCAACCAACCUCCAGGCGCUUUCUUUGAUUUUAUUCUCAAGAGCCAUUCUGCUUUCACUAAGUGACUCAAACUUUGUUAGAAAGGAAAUCAAGAUAGAGGGAGACCUUGUUUUGGGUGGUCUGUUUCCCAUCCAUGAAAAAGGUGCAGGGAUGGAUGAAUGCGGACGAAUAAAUGAAGACCGAGGGAUUCAGCGUUUAGAGGCUAUGUUAUUUGCUAUUGAUGAAAUCAACAGAAACUCAUACUUACUCCCUGGGAUUGUGCUUGGUGUACACAUUCUGGACACAUGUUCACGGGAUACAUAUGCUUUGGAGCAGUCAUUGGAAUUUGUAAGGGCAUCGCUAACCAAAGUAGAUGAAACAGAGUACAUCUGCCCUGAUGGGUCAUACGCAAUACAAGACAACAGCCCCUUAGUCAUAGCGGGUGUGAUUGGGGGAUCCUACAGCAGUGUUUCUAUACAGGUUGCCAACUUGUUGAGAUUGUUCCAGAUCCCUCAGAUAAGCUAUGCCUCUACUAGUGCAAAACUGAGUGAUAAAUCCAGGUAUGACUACUUUGCAAGGACAGUUCCACCUGAUUUUUACCAGGCCAAGGCAAUGGCUGAGAUCCUGAGGGUGUUCAACUGGACGUAUGUCUCCACAGUGGCCUCUGAAGGUGAUUAUGGAGAGACAGGGAUUGAAGCUUUUGAACAAGAAGCAAGGCUUCGAAACAUCUGUAUUGCCACUUCAGAAAAAGUUGGUAGGUCCAAUGUUAAAAAAUCCUAUGAUACCGUAAUUCGAGAACUGCUGCAGAAACCUACCGCAAAAGUGGUUGUGCUCUUCAUGCGCAGUGAUGAUGCAAAGGAGUUACUGGCUGCUGCCAAUAGGCUAAAUGCAUCCUUCACAUGGAUUGCCAGUGAUGGGUGGGGAGCUCAAGAAAGCAUUGUCAAGGGGAAUGAGAAUGUGGCAAAUGGGGCAAUAACCUUAGAACUUGCCGCCAGUCCUGUUAAGGAAUUUGACAGAUAUUUCCAAACUCUUCACCCUGUGAACAACUUGCGCAACCCUUGGUUCAAGGAUUUCUGGGAACAGAAAUUUCAGUGUGCUUUACAAAAUGGAAAUGGCCAGUUGAAAGCUUGUGAAAAACACAUGUCAAUCGACAGCACUAAUUAUGAACAGGAAUCCAAAAUCAUGUUUGUUAUCAAUGCUGUGUAUGCAAUGGCUCAUGCCUUACACAAGUUGCAGCGGACCUUGUGCUCCAAUACCACUAAGCUGUGUGAUGCCAUGAAACCCCUCGAUGGGAAGAAACUUUACAAGGAUUACUUACUAAAAAUCAACUUCAGUGCCCCUUACUGGCCUCCUGAUGCAGACAACAUUGUGAAGUUUGAUGCUUAUGGAGAUGGAAUUGGCCGCUAUAAUAUAUUUAAUUUCCAGAAAACUUCUGGAAAAUACUCCUAUGUUAAGGUUGGCCAUUGGGCAGAGACUCUGUCCCUGGAAAAUGAACUGAUCCACUGGCCCAGAUACUCAGUCCCCACCUCCCAGUGCAGUGAGCCAUGUGCCAGAAACGAGAUGAAGAACAUGCAGGCAGGGGACUACUGCUGUUGGAUUUGUAUCCCCUGUGAGGCUUAUGAAUACUUAGCUGAUGAGUUCACAUGCAUGGCCUGCAACCCAGGCCAGUGGCCCUCCGAAGAUCUGACAGGCUGCUAUGAUCUCCCUGAAGACUCUAUCAUGUGGGAGGAUGUCUGGGCCAUUGGACCCAUCAGCAUUGCCUGCGUUGGCUUCAUCUGCACCUUUAUGGUUUUGGCAGUCUUCAUCAAACAUGACAACACACCACUGGUUAAAGCCUCAGGCCGUGAACUUUGCUACAUUUUACUAUUUGGUGUCUUUAUGUCCUACUGCAUGACUUUCUUCUUCAUCGCCAAGCCUUCUCCUGCGAUCUGCACCUUGCGCCGCCUAGGCCUUGGAACCUCCUUUGCUGUGUGCUAUUCAGCUCUUCUCACAAAAACAAAUCGCAUUGCCAGGAUAUUCAAUGGUGUGAAGGAGGGGACCCAGCGGCCCAAGUUUAUCAGUCCUAGUUCUCAAGUCUUUAUCUGCAUGAGCCUGAUCUCAGUCCAGAUUGUGUUGGUAUCUGUAUGGCUCAUGUUGGAAAUUCCUGGCACUAGAAGGUUUACUCUGCCUGAAAAGAGGGAGACUGUUAUAUUGAAAUGUAAUGUCAGAGACUCGAGUAUGUUAAUUUCAUUGACAUAUGACGUAGUGCUGGUAAUCCUGUGUACUGUGUAUGCCUUUAAGACCAGGAAGUGUCCCGAAAACUUUAAUGAGGCCAAAUUCAUUGGCUUUACAAUGUACACCACCUGCAUCAUCUGGCUGGCUUUCCUUCCUAUCUUUUAUGUGACCUCUAGUGAUUACAGGGUCCAGACCACUACCAUGUGCAUCUCUGUCAGCCUGAGUGGGUUUGUCGUCCUGGGCUGCAUGUUUGCCCCAAAGGUGCACAUCAUCAUGUUUCAGCCACAAAAGAAUGUAACCAGUCAUAGACUACAUCUGAACAGAUUCAGUGUUAGUGGUACAGCCACCACAUACUCACAUUCAACUGUGAGUACUCAUUACGUCCCAACCAUCUGUAAUGGGAGAGAAAUCGUGGACUCCACCACUUCAUCUCUGUGACUCGCAUUAAACCACCUGAUCUCACUUUCAAACUGUUAAGACUGUUAGAAAACAUAUGCACAUAUUGUGCAUUUCAAGUGGACUAGUAUCAUUUAUGUAGAAAUUGUGUAUUAAAUUAUUUAAGCAGUGUACAUAUAACUGACGUUGUAGAAACCUGUAUAGAAUGUUUUUAGCAUUUUGUGUUUUUGAUAGUUUUAUUAUACUGUGUAAAUAACCAUGAGUUGCUUUGUCAGUUUUACUUAGCAGUAAAGGAAUGAUCUAUUGCAUUUGCAAUAUUAGUUUUCAUCCCCUCUUUUUUUAUAGGCUUCCUUGAUGUAAUUUAUUUAGCAUUAUACACAUGAGGUUCAUUACCGUAAGUUGGUUGUUUAAACAGCACAGUGUUACAGUAUUACAGCGAUACUAUUAAUAAAGAUUGAAUAGAUUAGUAUUCAAUUAACAUGAUUUUUAAAAAAUAGGGUUCUUGUGUUAAAUAUAUUUUUUGCUACUUCAUGCAGAAUUUUAGUUGAUGCUUACUGUAACCGUAGAAUUAAUAACCACAGGUAACAGUUUCAAGUUUAAAUGAAUCCGUAAUAUUAAACACUUAAAUCAUAAACUACAUAAUAAGAAACUCAAUUACACAUGAUUAAUAAAAUGUGCAUUGUAUUCGUGUGCCUGAAUUCACUCAAUAUUGUUUGUUACAAAUGUGGUUAUGUGGAUCCUUGUUGACUGCAUGAAGAGCAGAGAGUGGUAUUAUGACAAGCUAGCAAUUUUCACCUUUUCACAAUUGACUGAUAUUUGGACAUGAGCAAGUAGCAAGCAGAGUUAUGUGAACAUGAAUAGGUCUCCGAAUUACUCUGAUAUGUACUUACCAGUCCAAUGUACUACCGUAAGCAAGAAAUAAACCUCUUUGAUUGAUGCUUGCUUGAUUAAAUUGCAGAUACCCAAAGCUGUAAAUGUUUAUAUUCAAGGCAGUAGUUACGCUUUUGUCAACUGAUAAUAUGAACUAUGAUAAUAAUAAUAA